UCAAAGUUAUUGUUUUAUGACAGUGUCUCAUUAUUUCUGCCAAACAGUUGCUCCGAGCACAACAGCCGCCGUCACCGCAGCCCCGACCGUGGCCCCCACCCGGAAAGCUACCGCAAACAACGGAAACAAAUGCCGGCAAGGGACGUGCAGCGGUGCCACCUGCUACGCCGGCUUCGGCGACGCGCUGCAGACGUGCGCCUCCACGCAGGCGCACUGUGAGCUGAGGAAAGAAACGGUGGGCUCCGCCACACAGUGGACGGCGGGCUGCGCCGCCAACUGCUCGGCGCAGACGCCGUGCCGGGCCGCCACGCCGCCUCCCUGCCACCUGGAGUGCUGCGAGGCCGCCCCCGGCGCGUCCUGCCUGUGGCUCAACGGGACCCUCAACCACGUGUGGUCCCGGGCCGCGGGGCCGACGGCGCCAUCGCUCUGCCUACUGCUGGCGUUGGGGCUCCUCCUGUGAGGCGACCGUGACUUGGCGACCCGGCACUCCCACCCCCGUCCUUGAUGUCGCUGAUGUGUGAUUGCCUUUUUCGAGUCGUUUGGGAGCGCACAGACUCGGGAGCUUUUUUUUCCCCUCUUGUUACAAAGGCCAAUGACAAUUUGAUCGCAUUCGUAUUUAAAAUACACAUCAUAAUAUAGCAUUUAACUGGUAAAAUGAAACACGAAACCCGUCCCAUGUCAUUUCAUACUUCGUUCAAAAGAGACGCGCCUUACGUCUCAAGAUUCGGAAAAGGGAGACGACCUGUGGAGUUAGCCC